ACCAAGGCCAGCCUCGCAGAAAUGGCAACACCCCAAAAAUGAAGAAGAAAUCCAUUCCUCCUAAAUAUUUUACACACAUUUACAAAUCGUGUUGUUUUCAAAAUGGCUAGCUCAUGUUCAACUCCCACGAUACCGCAGCGCACAGUGGCCGAGAAACGAUGGCACCAAGCCUGGGAAUCAUUGAAGAAGGAAGAUAAAGACGAAAUCAAACUAGACCCCACUCGAACGGGUUAUUUGGACAUUCUUCAAGACAUUCACAAUCUUGCUACCGAGAAAAAAGAAUUAUGCAUACAGAAAGCAUGGAAAUACAAAAAGAAGAAUGGCACAACGAUAAUUGUCCGAGAUCUCUUCGAAAAAAUACUUGUUUGGGUGGACAAAGUAAAGGAUAUCGGAGAUGUAAUCGUCAGUUACGAUCCUGGACAUGCAGCUCUCCCUUGGGCAGCGGUGCGAUUGCUUCUUACGAUUGCAGUUGAAGAUAGUCAGUCGCUUGGGAUUUUGAUCGAGGGGUUGGAACAAAUCUCAAAGUUGAUCGCUCAGUGCAAGGUGCUCGAAGAUCUGUACUCACAAUCUGCUGGUGAUGACACGGGCUUUAAUGGAGCCUUGCUGGAACUUUAUGUCGCGAUUUUGACAUUUGAGUCACAUGCGAUUCAAAUAUAUCGAAAAAGCACGGCAAACCGUCUAAUUUCGGCAAUCAAAUUACCCUCGAAUAAAUUACAAGAUGGCCUUAACAUGGUAUGGGUCAAACAUCAACGAGUUACAGAUUGUACCAGGUUGAUUGACGCUCAAAACAUUCGUCAAUUCGAAGAUAUUCUUCGACAAUUUAAACAACCAAUCAUAAGAAGCGCAACAAUUUUACAGGACUACCAAGAUUCUUUAGAACUCCAAGAGCGCGAGACCUUACUGAGAUGGCUCUCAACGAUACCAUACCGAAAGCAUCACAAAUUAAAGCGUAGCGAGCAUCUUAAAGGCUCUUGCGAAUGGCUUCUAAAUUCGAUAGACUACAAUCAGUGGAAAGAUUCCAGUGCAUCGUCCAUACUAUGGCUCAAUGGGAUAGCCGGUUGUGGGAAAAGCGUUUUGACGUCCUCGGUUAUCGAUAGUCUGUGCCAGGAAGCUUCUAGUAUAAGGACUGCGGCUCCGGUUGCAUAUUUCUAUUGUUCCCGUAAUACUGCAGAACCUGAGAGAGCCAACCCCGAAGAAGUUCUACGUAGUAUCUUGGAGCAAGUAUCAUCAAACACCGCUAACCUUCCAAUCCGAAAGCCUGUUGUCGAGGUCUACACGAAGCUGAAAGAAGAUAACCGAGGACUCUCUCCUCAGGAGCGUUUGAAUUUGAAUGAGACUACUGAAGUUCUUCUCAAAAUACUUCAAGUAGAUCCUUUCUAUGUGGUGAUUGACGCACUGGAUGAGUGUGACCCCAGUGAAAGAUACAGCCUUAUUGAAUCUUUGAAAACUAUCAUUGAUGAAUCUGCCAGCGUUGUCAAGGUUUUCAUUUCGAGCAGGAGAGACUAUGACAUAGUCAGUCAACUUGAAGAGUCGCCAUGCAUCUCAAUUCAACCUGGCCACAUUUCUAACGACAUUGAGAAUUAUGUCAAGAAGGAAGUUUCCGAGGCAAUUGAAAAGAAAAGGAUAGUCAAAGGAAAACUUAUACCCGAAGAAAAGAAGAAAAUAGAGCAGCAAAUAAGUCAAGCUCUUAUUGAUGGAUCUCAGGGAAUGUUUCGAUGGGUGACUUUGCAGAUACAGCAACUUUGUAAGCAGGUUAGAGUCAAAGGAGACAUUGAUAGUGUUCUCAGAAAGCUCCCAAAAUCACUUGAGGACUCUUAUCAUCUUGUUUAUCAAGACAUUAUGAGCAUGGAAGAGCCAAGUCAGAAAGUUGCCAUCAGGACAUUACAGGUGUUAUUAAGCACGAGACGAAAACUCGAUCUGGAUGAGAUGCUCGCCGCAGUCACUGUUGAAAUUGACACAGACGAAGUCAUGGUCUCUACGGUUGAUGAGUUGCUAUAUGUUUGCUGCAAUCUGAUAAUAUUUGAUAAAGGAGAACGAAUUCUACGCUUUGCACACCUUUCGGUUCGAGAAUUUCUGGAGAAUUGCGCCCCAAGAGAUUGUUUCAGCAUCCAAUUCAGAGAAUUAUUCUUGAUGAAUCGAUGCCUUUACGUUUUCUUAUAUGAAUCUUGCCAUGUAAUCAUUUUCAAAGAGCAAGCAGAUGAAGUUAUUCGAAAAAACAAAGAUUUCACAUAUUAUGCAGCAGAAUAUUGGUCUGAGCAUUGCAAAUUGGCGCAGCCCGAUGUGGUGACCAGCGAAUUUUUGAAACAGUUUAUCGGCAAGGAUCUGGAUAUGGGCUAUAGUGCAUCACAUAAACGGUGGCUCAAAGCCGCUAGUUAUUACAAACGCAAAUUCGACGACGCUUUCACCGAACACUACCAUGUUGGGGUAACUAAUGCAUCUAUCUUGACCACUUCCUGUAUAUACGGAUUGAUGGCAAUUGUCAUGACUUUGUUGGCAUACAACAAUAUUGAUGGGAAUGCGCCUGUGGCAAAUUAUAUUGGGCAUAUAUAUUAUCCAUUGGCGUAUGCAGCUCAGGGGGGACAUGUCAUGAUUGUCAGACAAUUUCUUAGCAGAUACAGUGACUACUAUGCAAAAGGCAGUCCCGGGCACGAGAUUAUCUACAUGAGUCUUUGUGAAGCUAUCCAGGCCUCGCAUAUUGAAGUUGCAAAGACUCUACUUGACUAUUUCAUGAUAGAUGUCAACGAUCCGCUCACGAAAAAACUGAUAAGUAGAUACGAUAGUCACAGUCUUCUUGGAAUAGCUGUUUUGAAAGAACGCGAAGAAAUGGUCAAGUUUCUACUUCAUUGCGGAGCUGACGCGAAUGGUGAGACUAGGAGCGUUAUCCCUUCUGUCGAGAGUGUCAAUAUACUUGAAACCUUGGCAAUCUAUUACGGCGCACACAAACCAGAUGAUCAAUACCCUUCACCUUUAAAAUUUGCUGUAAUACGAUGCAACACCGCCAUCGUAGACACUCUCUGUUCUUUUGGGGCAGAUAUUAUGGCCAAAGAUUCUUCGGGGGCUACACUCAUACAUUUUCUAGCUAAGAGAAAUUAUCGGUAUGGGGGACACUACAAUUUUGGACAAUGCGCAAGAAUUGUUGACCACUUAACACGGAAGGGUGUAGAUGUAGCGGCGACUGAUAAUUUUCAACGUACAGCCCUGCAUUUUGCUGUACAAAAUGACGAAGGUUUGAAUGAUCUGGUGCCAGUACUUGUCAAUGCCGGUACGCCUAUUAAUGCACAGAAUAGUGAAGGGGAUACUGCGUUAAAUAUUUUCCUUAAUGAUCUGCAAUUAGAGAGUGAUAAGCGUGUGUUGCUUCUUCUAUCACUAGGUGCAGAUUAUUCCAUUCCGAAUAAUAAUGGGCUUACCGCAUUAGAUAAGGUUAGGAAAACGUUCAAGAAAUUGCUCCCAAAAACUUUCCGACCACGUAUUUGCAGAUCCAUCAUCGAACUUUUGACUAUAGCAUCACAAGACAAAAUUGUGGAAGAUAUAUGGAGAUUAUUUGUCGAUGAUUCUUAGGUACCCAUUAGGUGGUGGGUUAUUCACCAAAGGUGUCGAAUCAAAAUGGCACGAGCGAGGAUUGAAAUCGUGUAAGGUGGUUUUGAAUAUUGAGGGGAGUCGGUUUUCAUUCAAAAUAUGUUCGCAUGUUUGAUUUGAUCUAAGUGUUGAAAGGAGAUCAUAUUUCGAGAUUUUCACACUACUGUUCUAUGUGAAAGAUGGUCAAAACUUCACUUGGAGGUUGUGUGCAUUCAAUCUUUACGGAAACAUUGUUCAUGCCAAGACCAUGAUGAGAGUAGUGCGUUGAACUACAUAAAGCAGCUGUGGUAUAAAUAAUUGAAUCUUUUCAUGUCAAGUAAUUUCGGCAUUAUUACAUAAAUUUGAGAGAAUUUAGGGUAUAGGAGGAAUUAUCUGGUGUUUAUUCUUGAAUUAAUACAUUGAAUGAAAGAUGA